AUGCUUUUACCUUCUGGCUCCAAGAAAGAGAAAGUCAUCAAGAAAAAGACAGCGAUAGUAGACAGUUCAAGCAGCGAUGAAGAGGAAGUUGAUACUAAGUUUUCUUUGGCUUCUAGUUCUUCACUGAAUUUAUCAGAAGAAGAAAAAUCUGAAAAUAUUACAAGCGCAAACCUCAGAAGCUUCGAGGGUUCUCUACCCGAAAAAGAUGAUUUUGUUGCAAUUGAGUAUGAUGGUGAUUACUGGCCGGGGCAUGUGGAAAACUGUGGAGAUGGCCAGAACAGGAGGAUUGCAUAUUUUAUGCCAAAAACGAAAAAAGUUUUCCAUAAAUGCUCCAAAACAAGUUUCAACAAAACGUCAUGUUUUCAGUGCCCUGCCCUGAGCUUGCUUAAUUAG